AUGAUAUUCGGGAAUGCGGUCAGCCUAGACAUCGAAAUCGACACGGAUCCAAGCAGAUCGUUUGUUUUUGUCGAUCCUGUACAAAAAGGAGCCAAAUGUCCAAUAUUUUCAGAAGGAGAAGAUAUAAGUGGAACAGCAUUCAUAAGUAUAAAGCCAGGAAAACGACUUGAACACGGAGGAAUCAAGGUUGAACUCAUCGGCCAAAGCGACACUUUAUAUGAUAGAGCCGGUGUGUACGACUUUUUCGUCAUGUCAAAGGAAAUUGAGCCGCCAGGAACACUAACCGAGAGCAAACAGUAUAAAUGGAAGUUUCCCCUGGUUGGAUUGGAAAAUGAAACUUAUUGGGGAGUAAAUAUUAGGUUGUACUACUUCAUUAGGAUAACAAUAAUUAGAGGAUAUGGAGGGAAUAUAACAAAAGAGUCAAGCUUUGCAGUCCAAAACUUAGCGCCACAACCUGAGAUCAAUGACACAAUUAAGAUGGAGGUUGGGAUUGAAGACUCACUUCAUAUCGAAUUCGAAUAUAACAAGUCAAAGUACCACCUUCGAGAUGUUAUACUGGGGAAGGUCUACUUUCUUCUGGUCUCAAUAAGCGUUAAAUUCAUGGAAAUCGCUAUACAGAGGGUUGAGACCAUAACUUUAGGUCGGGUUGUUGUUAAUGAAACAGUCACAGUGACGAACUUUGAAAUCAUGGACGGCUCCCCAAUUAAAGGGGAAUGUAUUCCAGUUAGAUUAUAUUUGGAUGGACUGGACGUAUGUCCGACAUAUAAAAAUGUCCAAAACAAGUUGACAGUCAAGCAUUACAUUAACCUCAUGAUCGUUGAUGAGGACGAUAAACGUUAUUUUAAAAAACAGGAAAUUGAACUCUGGAGAAAUCACCUCGGAUAA